UUUAGUCCAGUCUUCCAUAGGAAUUUCCGACGAUAGGUUCCUACAGUUGAUAUUUGUGGAUUAAUAAGCAGUUUAUAUAUUAGAAAUGGCGUCAAAUAAAGUCAAUCCAGAUUUAUUGAAAGAACGUGCGCAGUGCACAUUCAAUGUGCAAGAAGUUACAUUUAUUCUGGAUGGAGGAGAGCAGAAUACAGAAAGAAGAAAGACGAUUGAGAGAAUAACUCUGGAUGAUGGGCAGCAUCAGGACAAGAUCCCGGAGGAAUGUCUGAGCCCUCGGGAGCGCUACGAGAACGCUGUGCGCAAGUCCUGUGUGUACGCCAACAUUGUCAAGAGCAGAAUGUCUGACUUGACUGGUUUGGAGACCUUUGGUUUACAUUCGGCGGUGCUCCGUCGCACUUCUGAUGCGUUCUUCAAAGAGAUAUCUCCCUUUCUGCUGCACGUGGGAAUGUUCAUGCCCACCAUCAUGGGUCAAUGCACCCCGGAGCAGAUGGCGCACUGGCUACCCCUUGCUGUUGACAUGAAGAUCAUUGGGACUUAUGCUCAGACUGAGCUAGGCCAUGGAACAUUUAUCAGAGGAUUGGAGACGACGGCUACGUAUGAUCCUGCGACUGAGGAAUUUGUGCUACAUAGCCCGACCUUGUCUUCCUACAAAUGGUGGGCAGGAGGACUCGGCAAAACUGUCAACCACUGCAUAGUGGUAGCCCAGCUGUACACCAAAGGGGUUUGUCAUGGAAUCCAUCCCUUCAUAGUCCAGAUUCGAGACAUGGACACUCAUAUGCCAUUGCCAGGAGUGAAAGUCGGAGAAAUCGGGCCUAAAAUGGGCUUCAAUACGGCCGAUAAUGGAUUCUUGAUCUUUGACAACUUCAGAAUACCCAGAGAGAAUUUAAUGAUGAAGAAUGCUCAAGUAUUGAAAGAUGGAACUUACGUAAAAGUGGCGAGACACGAGAAGCUGACCUAUGGCACCAUGGUGUUCGUACGCGUGAUGCUGGUCAGUGAGAUGGCGUUCAACCUCGCGAAGGCGGUUACCAUAGCCGUGCGUUACUCGGCAGUGCGACGACAGUCUCAACCCAGGCCUAAUGAACCAGAACCUCAAGUGCUGGACUACCUGACGCAACAGCACAAACUCUUCAUCUGCAUUGCCACGACCCACGCGAUGCAGUUCACCAGCGAGUGGCUAUGGGCUACCUUCACUGGUGUCCUGCAAGAGAUGAAGCAUGGAAACACGGACAAGCUACCUGAGCUUCAUGCCUUAUCAAGCUGCCUGAAAGCCAUCUGCACCUCAGACUGCUCAUCGCUGAUCGAGCAGUGUCGGUUCGCAUGCGGUGGUCAUGGCUACAUGCUGUCCUCUAAUCUCCCUCUGUUGUACUCCUUCGUCACCGCCACCAGGACUUAUGAAGGAGACUAUACUGUUCUCCUGUUGCAGACUGCCAGAUUUUUAGUGAAAACAUGGGAACAAGCAGAAGAGGGAAAGCCCGUGACACCAACUUUGUCAUAUAUUAUGCGAGCAGUUAAUGGCGAGAGAGUGCUAUGGGAUUCUUCCCCUGAAGGAAUCGUCAAGGCAAUGGAAAGUGUCGCUGCUGGGAAAGUAUCAUCGUGUGUGAAAAGUAUGCGAAGACAUUUACAAUGCGGAAAAGAUUACGAAGACGCCUGGGAACUUACAACAGUUCAACUAGUAGCAGCUGCUGAGGCUCAUUGCAGAGCAGUUAUUUGCAACGUGUACCACAAGGAGACUGCCAGGUUGACUGCUUCCUCAAGCCCUGAAGUCAAAGUGGUGAUGGCUCAUCUGAACACCCUGUACCUCUACUAUUGGACAUUGGAGAAGACCGGUGAUCUAUUGAGGUUUUCAUCAUUAUCGGAGGAUGAUAUACAUUCCCUGCAGCAGAGAUAUGAGGAGCUGUUGGCACUGAUAAGGCCAAAUGCUGUGGGGCUUGUUGAUGCCUUUGAUCUGAGAGACGAUGUGCUGAAGUCCACACUGGGAGCGUACGACGGUCGUGUGUAUGAGAGAAUUGUGGAAGAAGCGUUCAAGAGUCCACUCAAUUCUAAGCCAGUGGACGAAAGUUUCCACAAGUACCUCAAACCUUUCAUGCAGGGCAAGCUGUAGAAAAAAAUAAAUAGCAAAAACAAUUAAAAAGUAACGUUCCAGCCAGUGAUUAUUGUAUCUAAAAAUUGUCUAUCUUUUGAUUUUUUAUGCCAAUACUGGCGAGUUUUAAAAAAUAAAAAUCGAAUAAAGAUUGAAACUAUUUAAAAAAGUUUGAUCCCGAAAUUCUAUUUAUUUUGAAGGUUUUGUUGUCAGAAUUCUAAACUGUAAAUUAUAUAAAAUAUUACUUUACUCAAUAAUAUUUAAUUAUUAUUUACAAUGUUAUUGUUAUUAUAUACCUACCUAUAUAUUAUAUGGAUAAUAUACCUAUCUAAAUAAACGAAAAUGACGUUAUCAUAUAAUUGU